AUGGAAGUUACCAUUAGUAAAGAGGAGGAUGUUACAGAAAAAGCAGAGGCUGAUAAUUCUACAGAAACAGCCGUUAGUGCUAUUGAAUCAGAAACUCAGCAGGCUUCAACGGUGCCAAAACAACAACAAAAUCGUGAACUUGUUGAAAAUACUGAACCAAAGACACCUGAGAAGCAACCCGAAAUUCGACUUGAUAUUCCUUUGACGAGUCGAUACAAUAACAUAGUAUACUUUCCUGAUUUGUUAAAGGAAGCUGGAUAUGCUAUUGCAAAAACACCUCCACGUUAUAUGUCAUGUUCAGAAACACCUGGGUCAGAAACCCCACAAUCGGAAUGGUCAGAUUUCGAAACUCCUGACGAUUUUCGAACGCCAACACCUCCUUCAGCAAUUGAUUUGCCACGUGCUUUUCGUGACGAAAAUGAUGAAUUCUUUGAUAGAAUUCUGGAGAAUGCGGGAAAAUAUGCCAUUGUCGAAGAGGAAAAAACUCGUAAAAAAAAGAGAAGGAUUAUCAAGAAGGAACAGCAUUACGAUGUGAAUGAUCCAUUCAUAGAUGACAGUGAAUUGGCUCCAUUACAGCGUGAUUACGGAAAAGUACGUCCACAAAUUGAAGGUUUUUUUGUAUGGAAUGGGCCAUUGGUUUUAGAAAGAUUAGUUGAUGAAGAUGAGCCAUCGUCUAAGAAAAAGGCUGCAAAACGUAAGCCAAAAUCCUCCGAAACUGACGGUCCAAAAGUUAGAAAGGCACGUACUGUCAAAAAAGCAGAAGGUGGUAGUGAUGGGAAAGGAAAGGCUGCUACCCCAAAAAAGAGAGUAUCAAAGAAAUUGAAGACUGCCGGUGAUACCAACCAGGAAUCGUCAUCUAUGAACGGGGUUGUUUCAACUUCACACAAUGAGACCAAUCCCUCAAAUAAUUCACAUAUAACAGAUCCUAGUUCAAGUACAAAUAUUUCCACUAUAGGUGCGAAUAAUACGUCAGCACAUCAAAAAGAUUUAUCGGAUCCUAAUAAAUCUUCGGGAAAAAAGAAAAAAGUUUAUCCAGUGGAUCCUGUUCAUCCAGAUGUUCAAUAUCUUUUAGAUCUCUUUAAACAACAAGUAGAUAAAGAGUCUUUCGAAGUCAAGUCUAGGUUCCCACAAAAUCUUAAACCUCCUUUGAUGGAGCUUCUUUCAAGAGCCUAUGAACUUAAUCAAUUCAACGAAAAUCUUUUUAAAAUAUUAACCAAUACGUUACCAUAUAAUAAAUUCACAAUAACGCGACUUUGUCAGAGGACAUUAUAUCCAAAAUCCUUGAUAGAGUUACAAAAAAGAAAGUUAGAAUUUAUUGGUCGUUUGAAAGUUGCAGUGGAUGAAAUUAUGCCAUCUUUAUUACAGGAAUUCGAUGAACGAAAUGCAUCUGUUUCUUCAUCUUCGGUACCGGUAAACGGUGAUAACAGUGCUGAAAUAGAUUCCAAUAUGGAAAUUGAUGGUGAUGCGGACAUUGAGCCUGAUGCAGAUGCAGAUGGCGAUAUUAAAUCUGAUAGUAAAUCUGAUAGUAGCUCUAAUAAUAAUAGAUCAAAAGAAACGGUAAAUGGCAAAAAAUUUCGAUGGGAUGAAAACACAAGAUUUUUACUGUGGAAAAUAGUACAAGAAGAAAUGUCUUGGGUUGUAAUGAGUAAUUGUCUUGCAGAGGCUGAAGAAAAAUCCGAGAGACAUUCCGAGCAAACGAGGCGAAAAAGUUUAUACCAAUAUCUAUUGACGUUAUGGCCAAAGGGAUGGAUGACUUCUUACGAAAUAGCGCGUGUGUAUAGUGCAUACAAAAGAUAUCUUAGAGAUAGACCAAAUUCAUCAUAA